CACUUCUGCCAGGUACAGUACCUCACGCGCUGCCCAAUCUUGCAGCGCGCCGUAGGUACCGACGCUCAACUCGCCUCUCCUCCUGGUCUUGCUCACGCUUUCGUUCUCCCAGGCAUUCAAAACUAUGCCACAGCCCGCUGCUGCCAUCUCCCGCCUUUUCCCCCUCCCCCCAUCGAACAGCAUCAUCGCCAUAAUGUUCGAUUUCGUCCUCUGAAUCCGUCCCCAAGCGACUCUCUGAAGUCUGCUCUGGAUCGUGUACAUCUCCACUCUCCACGGCGUCUUGUCUUCAUCUUUGUUGUUGUUUUGAUCUUGGUAAUCUCCUCUCAAAAACUUGUUCCAACCUUACUCAAACCGUACCUCUCUCAGUCAGGCCGCAGCGGCAUUCACUUGCACUCUGCGACUUUUCACUCAGACUCACUCACUCUCUUUGCCGCCUGACGCUGCAAAGAGUCACACUUUGGCCUUGCCUACAAAUUCCAGCACAGCACUGCCUAGCUCCAGCCCAGCCGAGCCCAAGCCUAAAAGGUCGUCCACUUGAGGGACCAACCUUGCCUCCCCCGGCCUUCGCCCGCACCCGUCCCAUACUCUCUAGGCAAGGAUUAUUGCCUUCUAUCAGUGAGGUGAUUCCACGGAGAAGUGUCCUGUCUGCCACUCGAGUCACUCUUCGUGUCAGUCUCCGGACUCGCUGUAUUGCUCACUUGCCCGUGGCCUCUAUCACCAUCCCAUUUCCACUUUCACUCAUCUAUCAUCAUUUCCUUCCUGUUCGAUUCACUUGCUUCAACCACUUUUCUUUUGCCCCCCCUGUUACCGUUUCUCCGACUCUAUUUCUGUCACCUGUACGAUUUCCCCGUUCACUGUCAUUCCCCUGCCAGGCUGCAACCCGCUAUCAGUUCCUUCGCCACACUCACAGUGACGAACCUCCUGUUAGUCAUCCUUGUACCGAACCAGGCACAGGCUACCACCGCGCACACACUCUAAAACGCUCUCUCCGAGAUCGCCAGUUGGCUUACACCUGCCACACGCCCCCGCCGCUUUUGCUCAGAAUUGCCACCGUGCAAAACCAGAAGAGUCACAUCCCACCACGCAGGCUGCCACCGACUCAACGCCUCACUCGCCCCUUAGGCCACUUAAGCAAGAGUCACCCUCUUUCGGCCAUCUAAUAAACCCUUCACCACCUCUUUCAGGUCAUCUCAUCUUCAGCCACACCUUCAACAGUACCUUGCAUAAUCAACUAACACCGACUUGAUCUCUAUUAAUUCUCAACCUCCGAAAUCGAUUUCCACUAUUCGAUCGCCCUGAUGGUAGCCUUGUUCUAAGACUACCAUUCGCUUCCAACCUCACUCGAGAUUUGAAGCAUUGCCGCAAUGCCUGCUGAAAAAACAUAUCUUAUUCCUGUCGCCGUCUCCGCUUCGUCCUCCGGUCUCAUCGUUUGUGUUAUCAAGUCGCUUUUGCACUUUAUUGUCUAGAAGCUCUCUGAAAACACGACCAAGGAUAUACCUCGAAGCAGCACUUACACGCGCUGCAACGGAGUAUCGUUACUCGAUUUUGACCCGCGAAUUCAUCGGCAAACCACGACCUGAUUGGUGGCUUAGCCGUAGACGGCGACUGGACAACCCCCUGAAUUGAAUGCAGUUCAGGAUCCUUUUAUUCACUAUUCAACAUGAUGUGCGACGCAACCGUUUCGCCCGCUUAUAACCCCUCCUCCCAUUAUGCACCCUACAACAUCUCAAUAGCUUCUUCCGCUUCGACUUCUACUACUUCUGUUUGGUCCGACACCACCUCUCAGAUUUCCGACGACUCCUCUCUUUCCGCACACUCUUCCGACUCUGACUCUUGCGAUUCCUAUUUUUCGAGAAAGGCCGCCGUUGCUGAUUGCAGUCUGAACUUGCGGCGUCGUGUUCAAAAGACACAGACGGAAGCACUCCCCACUGAAUUACGCCAGAACCCUCGAAGAACUUCAAAUGCUCGCGCCGCGUGCCCUCCAGCCCUGGUCCGACAGUCUGACCGAAAAGUUAACUUUGUAGAUAGCCUUGUCGAUUCGUCGACACAUAUCGUUGAAGCCAUUUGGCCCCUCUCUUCUGUCGCCUGCCGAAACGAGCUUGGAAGUAGGGCCAUUCUUCCUCUGCGCACAUUCAUUCAAGAGACUUUGCGUCGGUCACGAACAAGCUACUCGACUCUGCAAGUUGCUCUCUAUUAUUUAAUUCUCAUCAAGCCCCAUGUGCCGAAGCACAACUUCACCAUGGAACAGCCUGAGGACCGACACGCCGACCGCGCCCUUCAGUGCGGUCGUCGUAUGUUCCUCGCGGCUCUGAUCCUUGCCUCAAAGUAUCUUCAGGAUAGAAACUAUUCUGCCCGGGCCUGGAGCAAGAUUUCGGGGCUUCACACUCAAGAGAUCAACCAGAACGAAAUCACUUUUCUCCACGCAGUCAAUUGGAAGAUGCAUAUCGUUGACGAGGUCUUCCAGCGAUGGACCGACAUAGUUCUCAAGUACACGCCUCCUCCGUCUGGCCCUCCUUCUCCCGGAGGUGUCUCCCAGAUUGUGUCCCAGCAGGUCGUAGAUUGGAAGCGAAUCAUCUUGGGCCUGAAUCCAGAGUUGACGAAUCUCGCCACAUUGAUUCCUGCGAAUCCUGCUAUUCCUAGGUCAAGUGAUCUUUGUGCUUUGUCUCCUCGCAGCAUUCUCAAUAUGCCCCAUCAAGCUCAGAUUUCAUGUGGCUAUGAAUCUGCGGAGGCCACACCAACUCCCAAGCCCUACAGUGCUCCUAUGGCUAUGGAACCAGCGGCUGUAGGAUACACCUGUAGCCGCGCGGCCCCUAGCCUGGGUAUGCUGCCAACUCCUCGACUUACCCCUCAGAGCAGUGGACUCUGCACUCCUGCAGCGAGUGCCGCUUCCCACAUGCUUAAUAAGUCUUCUGCGAUGGGUUUGGCCAUGGCUCAAGCCAACAAUGUGAAUACAUCUCAGUACCUCGAUCGUCUCCCUGCCGCCAUGACAUCGUCCCCUCAAGCCUAUUGUCCUACUCGUCGAUCUUCCCUUGCUACUUCAGUGUCAACAGCUUCCUCACCCGAAUCGAUGAUUUCGGACUCGUCGCGUUCCUCGCGCUCUUCUUCCAUCUCAUCUUCUUCAUCGCUUGUUAGCGCGACCCUCAGCUCUUCCAGGCUGGGUAUGCCGUCGCGAUUUCGAGCGUCGAAAUCAUGUAACGAGAGAUUGAGCCAGAAGCCGACAGUCCCUUCGGUUCCAGAGGAUUAUGAUGUGCACUGCGAUACGUCCUCUCCCGAGUCUUACACCGGCCCGGUUGGCAAGCUCGUGGACCUGUCUCUGGAAUCUUCCUUGGCGAGACGACAGCAGGAACUUGACGAUAUGGCUCGCGAUUCUGAUGCCGCCCGUGCUUUACAGGAGCUUCAUAAUUAUCGCGCAGCUGAGAUGGUGCCCGCAACAGCCCCUAGAAGUGGCACGAAGCGAACUAGAACCGCCUCUAUGGACAACUGCCUUCAGGAGAACGUUCGCGAGAUCCUUGGUGGUCGUUAUUCUACCCAGCAUUCUGUCUGGCCUGAUACGUUGGUUCGCACUCGAGGCAUUACCUCCGAGUCGAAUCUCCAGAUCCCCGUCCGUCCUAGCUUGCCUGGCACCGGCAAGCGAGUCUGCUGCUCUGCCGAAGCGGCUCAGGGCUACGAAGUUUCGUCUGUCCAUCCUGCUAUCGGCCUUCGGGGACCUGGUUUGUUGGAGGGUAUUCUCAACUAAACCCUAUCACACGUUGGUGACGAUAUUCUCUGUUUCCAACUUGAUACCCUGUCGAUUAUAGAUAAGCUAUACACGACUUGAAAGUCAAGAAAUAAUGUCGAAUCAAGAAAAUUCUCUUUGUUAAAUAUAUUGAUGUGGUGGGUGGAAGAAAUGGAGUCUUUUGCCAAAAGGCCUUUGAUACCACAUAUUUGAGAGAUCACAGUUAUGCUGUAUAAGCAUCUGCUGUUCUCUCAACUUUGGGCCGAAAAGCGUGUUCAUUUGCCUGCAUGUCUGGGAUGGGCUACGGAGAAAGAGUGAUGGCGGCGACUGUCUGUUUAACAAGGGGCCGUUCGGUGGUGAAGAGUACAUAUCUUGUAUGACUAGGACGACGCUGCCUUUUUUUGUUUUGUACUUGUUACUUAUUUGGCUUUACUUCGUUUGCUGCCAAGGUCUCAGAAGUGGACUUUAUGGCACUGAAAAAAAGUAUUGCACGGCAAAGAGGAGCGACGAGAAGGUUAAGGAAGGUAAUAGGUUUGAUUUGCUAUCAAAACCGAGCAGACAAACCCGGUCACCCAAGAAUAACGACCCCGGCGUCAAAGAAGGAAUCUGCAAGGUAAUCGGUUUUGGAUCAACUGGAGUUCAAUUUGCCUUUUCCCUGCAAUCAAGACAUCCAAAGACCGCAUAAUGUCUUCGGAAACAGCCAAAGCUUGAAUCCACUCGACCUCGUCAAAGGCAGACUUUGGGAACUCAGAAGGCAAACAAACCAAUCGAUUUCGGAAGCGGACUCGAGCAAAGGAGUCCCAAGAAUGAUCUGAAUUGAGGAGAGCGAUGACGCUAUGGCGAAAUCUAAUAGCUAGCUUGAAACAGUCCUCACAAUAGUGGACUCGUGGCAGUCAUUUCCAUUCCCUUAUGGAACCAAUUUUCGGAUAGGAGAAGGACGCACGAGCAAAGCAAGACAAGCACGAAAUCAAAAGCAUUAUGCUGGAACACUAAAUUGCCUCCGCUUUUCACGCAACUGAAGCGAACCACUCAUCAUUUGUGACUACGUGAUGCGCCAGAAUCGAAUUUAGACAAACAUCUGCAUGCCGAUCCGGACUAUUGAAGCCUGAGGAAGCUCGGAGAAUGAGAUUCGAGAACUGGAGUAGGUAAGGCAUGAUUCUUACCAUAAAACUACACCUGGAGAAUAUGUUUAAUUCAUCCCAGGUUGUCUGGUCUGUGCAUGACCGAAUUGCAGUCACACUCCCACGCAAUUCACCCUGGAGAAUUUCUUCACUCGGAAUUUCCAGGAACGCCCUCAACCACGGCCGUGAAAUCCCGGAAUCGCGUGGUCUAUUGGUGCUAACGGCGUGAGUCAUAUCCCAACUCGCUUGGCACAGACUUGAUGGUAUGUUACCUUGUCUAUCCCUGUCUUUGAGCUCUUUUCCUCACGCGCGGUGUAAGUGGCAUCAUCAGCAAGUCGUGUGUGUGUGUGUUUGUUACGUACAGGGCUUGGCUUUGGUUGUUAUCGCUACGGGAACAUCGUGAAGUUUAGUGCUACAAACAAGAUAGGCCGUUGGCUGAGGUGGAGAUGAAAGAAGUCUUUCAUUGGCAAAGCGAUAUUGGAGGUAAGUUUGCGAUGAAGUAAGUCUUGUUGAGUUUAAGGUGUUGACGUACGUGAUAUUUUGCCCGUGUUGUUGCCUUACGCUUCAUUUCUUGUUCAUGGUGUUGAGGCUUUCCACGACGUUUGGUCCUUUCGUUCAAAACUCAAACCAUAUCAAGCCUGGUGACAGUUUAUAACAAGGUAUAUCCUGAUUACUCUAGGGAGGUCUAUGAUAUACACCAAUAUACUUCUAAUCAUGAUGAACUCGAUUCCUUAUUUUGAGGCGUGAUGGCCCCGCGACUGCCAGGCCUGACGAGCCUCAGGGGCGUCGGGGUUUUGUGCAGGUGAUAUGGUGCACGAUGAGCCAUUAUGAGUUCACACGAAUCCUGCUGAGCCCUAGUGCGACAACCUUCACUGCCAUUGUGCCCUGACUCUGAUGUUGGCUGAAGCCAACUAGGUUACGAUAUAUGUCGGCGAGCUGAAUGUGGUAGCCCGAAGUGACAGUGCUUACCCAAUAGUCUUGCGGGUGCAGAUUUGGACAUGAGGGGAACAACCGGGAGGCAUUGCUGUCUCUUUGGCCAAGAAAGAAGACUACCAGCCGUUAUUUCGGGGAGCUUGAAGUGCCAAAGCCAUCGUGAAACAUCCCUAUCGUACCAUAGACCUGUCGAAGUAUCUCUUUUGAGAUGACACUAUCAGCACCCCAUUUCAGCCGUUGAUCAAUGCGUCUUCUUUGCUCUCUGGCAAUAUCUCUCGGUAGACCCUGACACAGUGCAGUGAGAUCAAUCAAAUUUGUGAUGAAGACAUUGGGCUCUGGUGCGUCGAUAAAUGCGUUACGAAGACAGUCCAGCUGAAUCUCCCACGAUCUAUCAUGCUCUUCUAGGCCAUAGACUAGCCCACCCCUUCGAAGCCAGAACAGGAGGCGUAGGUUCUUCUCGUCCCAUGGACCGGUGAUGAGGAUUGUAGGAACGCGUACCUUUGGAUGAACAUCACAGCCACCCCAUGAUCCCACCCUUUCGAAAGGUUUCCAGGACAGAACCUCCUGAUAAUCAGCUUCAAAACACUCCUGCGAGUUGAAGUGCCCUACGCCACCUUCGAAAUGAUGGCUGUGACCAUAAAUAAAGGGGUCACCGUCAUCAUCCAACCGAGGAAGAUAAUGACGAUAAUGUUGGUCUCUGGCGUAUUUUUCUACCCAGGUCUGUUGCGCCUGGAGAAUGAAUUCUGCAGUGAUCCAAGG